AUGCAGAUUCUCAUUUUAAAGAAUUUAGUGUCAAAGCUUCAAAAAGGAAACAAUCAUCGUUAUGUUGACCUCGUGAAAGACGUAAGCGGGCUAUUUAAAAAUGAGCUUGGUCCGACUAAUUAUGCCCUUUUAGCAGAUAUCGUUGGAUUGGCUAAAGAAACGACAGCGUCAAAGCACUCUUCGUCUCAAUUGAGGUUGGAGCCUGGCUUAAACAUGGAUGCAAUAGAUCUGGCUGCAAACAAAUUCAAAGGUUUACCCGUGAACGAAGCAAGCGAUGGUGCCCGUUGUCUGAGGUACCUUCACCCACGAAAAGAUAAAAACGGCAACGUUGUUUUAAUUGGGUCGACCUGGAGUCCUUCUGUGGACAGCUGGAAAGAGGAAGAAAUCGUUAUACCAAGAAAGGAUGCCACUAAGGGCGACUUAGACGACUUUGGAGCGUUGAAAAGGUUAGUAGAUGGUCUCAUUAAAGGAAAUCGGCUAGCCAAGACUGUAUCCAUUCACAAUUUGACGUGUUUGGCAGCACUCGACAAACCUACAGUUAUUAAUUGCAUGUGGCCAAUUCAAGACAAAGGUUACAAGGCAGUCCAUCUCUUAAAGUACUGGGAAGCAAUGAGGAAAGCUUGUUACUUCGACGAAUUUGGAGAUGUUAGAAAGAGUCCUUUAAAUUUGGUUGGUUAUUCAACCGACUCAGCCGGGUUUUCAUUGUCAGCUGCAAUCCAUCUGAUGAGUCCUUCACACGAGGAAAUAAAUGAAGGAGUUACUUACCUUGGUCUAGGGCUUGACGACGAGUGCUAUUUGGCCCCUUAUUACUGGUAUCUUCCAUCAAUUGCCUACCUAGACUAUGAUCACGAGCAGAGACUAUUUCUGAAGAAUUUGAAAUACCAAACUCGAGAUUUGACUUUCUGGGAUGACAAUGGAAACACAACAAAGCCUGCAACUAUCGAACACCUUAAAAAUCUAAAGCACCGUUGCCAAGAGUUGGGGCUAGAUUGCGGAUUCAGUAGUGCGGAUUUGCUCCUCAUUUAUUUUUGUGACCAAAACUCAGAUGCAUGUGAAAGACUAUUUACUCCACGGAUUGCAGAUCUUCUGGAAAAAUACGUUCCUGGAUCACAAGGUACCGUUUUGUACAUAAGGGCGGUGUACUCUCUUUUACAGCCAUUCCGAGUUCCAGACUUUGGCUCACCAGAGGACGUUCAAGAAUCAAUUUCGUGUGGCAUCUACAUUUUCCGCUUGUGGAGGAGGGCGUUGGAACUCAAGAAACUGCGUCUUCAUUCUCAGCCGGGGGCAAAAAAUGAUCCCUCAAAGCGUGGCCACUUUAUUACAUAUGGUUGCUAUGCUACAGCAGAAGUUAUCUUUUCAGCAGGUACCAUCCAUCAAUUGGCCAUGUUUUUACAUUUUAAAGGCCUAGGUCCACGCUGGGCAUGUCCAUACAACUCCGGUACCAAAAGCACAGAACGAAUUAUCGCAGAAUUGCAAGGCAAGACAAAUGAAUUACAAUCCCUGGACUCUCAACCAACAUUUGGGGACAUGCUCGAUAGAAGCACGAAAGUACAGUUCAAUAUCAAUGCGAAACACCGCCUCUCCACAGCUGGUGCAAAGGUAUCCUCUUCCCACAAACGAAAACGGCUUGCGUUCGCCUUCAGAUCCAGCAAAGGACAAGAGAGCUACGAAUACCCUGAAAGGUAUUCGGAAUUCAAAACAGCGCAAAUCCAAGCUCACAGAAGAGGAGUCAACAAAGCGUGGGCUCUCUUUUCGAAGUACAUGCCACAGCAAUGCAUUGGUCUUUUGAAAGAGAAUGACUGCUGGGAGAAACCCUAUGUAUAUAAGAAACCAGAAGGGUGUUUGGUGGUUGACAGUCCGCCAGGAAAAGAUCACAAUCUCCUUCAAAAGUCGUUUGCGGUGAUAAAUGAAAAUAUUGAUUCAAAAUGCAACGACGACGAACGAGAAGCAGAUAUUAACAUCCCUGAGGAAAGUCAGUACGAAGGACAGUUGCAUGCCAAUGAAGACAUGACCAUCAAGCCUGGCUCCGUGACACCCGAGGAUCAUGGGGAUGAUAACAGCGGUGGAAAAAGGUGGAAGGUCAGUAAGAUAGUUGACGGCAAGGAAACUUACAUCCACAUCAAGCAGGCCUUAAAACUUCUUCUACCCCGCGAGUACGUAUCUCGUUGUCGUCAGAAGAGACACUGGGCAUCACAGUACCUCCCAGGAAAGGAGCCCUUGAAUCCAAAACAUGAUAUAAUAAAGUACUGCAAUGUUGCUUUAAAGGUCACCCUCAAUGGCACACCAGUAUACGACAUCGGGCGAGUAGAGGUCAUUGAAUCGACAAAGGAUGGAUCGGAUGUUGUAAGCUUUGAAAAGAAAGGGAAGCAGUCGGUGCGAGUACGUUGCUCCUUAUACACGGAGGACGAAAAUGAUGUUUAUUUCUUUUCUAAUGAUGUGAUUCUUACAAAAUGGAAACCACCUUCGGCUAUCAUUGGGGCAGUAGAUUUGCAGCCUGUCACAGAUAGUCCCGGAAAGUACAGGCUUCAGUCGGAGUGUAAAGCUCAUUUAAAAGAACUAGGAUUCUCGCCAAGGAAUGCCAGACGUGACAACGACACCAAAUCAUCUUCAAAUCAAACUGAAGAUAAUGAAGGGGCCACGGAGAAAGACGACUACUACGAAGUAGACGAAAUCGUAAGUCGGCGUCUCUCCAAGGACACCCCCUCGCAUAUGAGUACAAAGUAA